AUCCCUCACCCAAAUUUCUCAAACAUUCUCAUUCCUCCAUCAUUAAUUCCAUUGCAGCAAUGUGGACUCCAUCUUCUUCUUCUUCAAUCCUCACAUUCUUCUCUCUCAUUUUGCUUUUUUCUCCAUGCUUAUCCUCCGAUACGGUUCAACAGAGCUUUCUUCAAUGUCUGGCAUCCAAUUCACACCCCAAAUUCCCCAUUUCUGAUGCCAUUUUCACCCCCGACGACGCUUCCUUCUUACCUGUCCUCAAUUCCUACAUCAGAAACCGCAUAUUUCAAACCCCCACAACCCCAAAACCACUAGUAAUCGUCACUGCCAAACAUCCAUCCCAUGUUCAAUCAACCGUUGUUUGCGCCAAACGCGUCGCUCUAGAGAUCAGAAUCCGCAGCGGUGGCCAUGAUUACGAAGGUCUCUCUUACGUCUCUCAACAACCCUUCAUCGUUCUCGAUCUCUUCAACCUUCGAGCCAUCAAUGUUGACAUUCCAACCGAAACUGCUUGGGUUGAAGCAGGGGCUACCAUGGGGGAACUUUAUUACGCCAUUGCUAAACAGAGCAAGGUCCAUGCCUUCCCUGGUGGAGUUUGCCCAACACUGGGUGCUGGUGGACAUAUUUCAGGAGGUGGGUAUGGGAAUUUGAUGAGGAAAUUUGGGCUUUCUGUUGAUAAUAUUUUGGAUGCACAGAUUGUUAACGUUGAAGGGAAGAUUCUAAAUCGACAACAAAUGGGUGAAGAUUUGUUCUGGGCGAUUCGAGGCGGAGGAGGAGGAAGCUUUGGUGUCAUUCUCUCAUGGAAGAUCAAAUUAGUUCAAGUCCCAUCAACUGUGACGGUUUUUGAUGUUGAGAGAAAGAUUGAAGAAGGAGCAACAGAUGUUGUUUGGGAAUGGCAGAAUGUUAUGGACAAGUUGGAUGGGAAUCUGUUUAUAAGAAUGAUGAUGCAUUCAGCUUCAGGGGAAAAUGGACAAAAAACAGGGAAAACUACGUUGGUGGCUCUGUUUCUAGGGCCAGUGGAGAAGCUUAUGGAGAUUGUAAACCAGAACAUACCCAGUUUGAAAUUGCAAAAACAAGAGUGUAUUGAAAUGAAUUGGAUUGAAUCGGUUCUGUUUUUUGCAAAUUUCGCAAACGGGACAGCCCCAGAAGCGCUAUUGAAGAGGGAAUCUCCAUCUGGAACAUAUCUGAAACGAAAAUCGGAUUAUGUGAGAGAAGGCAUUUCAAAGAAAGGGAUUGAAGAUAUAUGGAAGUUACUAAUGGAGAUAGAAGGAGUGGGUUUGACGUGUAAUCCAUACGGAGGGAGAAUGGGUGAGAUAUCAGAGACGGCGACGCCAUUUCCACACAGAGCAGGAGUGAAAUUCAAGAUUCAAUACUCUGCAAAUUGGAAGAAAGAAGGGGAAGAAGAAGCGAAAGAGAAUAUAGAGUUGGCGAGAAAACUGUACGAAGCGAUGAGCCCAUACGUGACGAAGAAUCCGAGAGAAGCGUUUCUGAAUUACAGAGACAUUGAUGUUGGAAGUAGUAGAAAUUGGAGUUUGGCAGAAGGAAGGGUUUAUGGGGAGAAGUAUUUCAAAGGGAAUUUCGAGAGAUUGGUGAAUGUGAAGACGAAGGUUGAUCCUCAGAAUUUUUUUAGAAAUGAACAGAGUAUCCCCACUCGUUAAUUUUGAACUGAGAUUAUCUUCAUCUCACGCUUUUCCACUAAAUACAUAUUAUCAGGACUCUUUCCUCUCCAAAAGCACCCCCAAGCAAUUUGAAAAAACUGUAAUAUUAUAAUAUUUGGAUUGUCAAGUUAUUUAUUAGUUUUGAUAAUUGCAUCGUAUAAGUCUUAAAAGGAGUUUGGUUUGAUCUAAUUGACAUGGAUCCUGUUUUGUAGAGAUGUUAGAGGUUCAAUCUUCACCCACAAUUAUUAUAUCAUCAUCUCAAAGGAUGCUUGUUAAAAAGAAGUAAUGUAAAAGUUUAUAUGGACCAAAAUUCUAAAUUUAA